AUGGCUUCCGAAUCUGGUGAAAUGGAAAAACCGAUAGUUAUUGAUCAUCAUCAAGAACAACAGCUGCAGUGCCAGAAGCAACAAUCUUUGAAGUGCCCACGAUGCGAUUCAUCAAACACUAAGUUUUGCUACUACAACAACUAUAGUUUGUCACAACCAAGACAUUUCUGUAAAGCGUGUAAGAGGUAUUGGACUAGAGGUGGCACCUUGAGAAAUGUUCCUGUGGGUGGUGGUUGCAGGAAAAACAAGAGAGUGUUCAAGAUGCUAACGACAGCGACUACUCAUGCUCCUUCAAAUUCACAACCAGUUGACAAUAACCCUAACCCUAACUGUAAACCUAAUUUUGAUACCCAUUCUUCUUUUUAUGGGUUGGUGCCUCAAAACCAGAAUUAUGAAAGGUUCAACACGGUUGUUUCUGGGUGUGAUUUUGCUCAACCUCAAAGAAGUAAUCUUGGAUUAGGGUUUUCUUCUAUGAAUCCUGGGGAUGUAGUCGCGUCAAAUCAGUCACAUAAUUCAUCGUUAUUUCUAUCAAGCUACCCGUCGUCGGUGUUUGCUGAUUCUACUUGUAGCUCAAAUAGUGUGCCUACCAUGGCUUCUCAGUUAAUUUCAGGCUUCCAACAACCACAACGAUAUAUGGAAUGGAAUAACCAUUUUGAGUGCCAGAACAACGAUGAUCAACUCGAAGCUAUGGCGUCAUCUGAUCCAAAUUCACUUAUAUGGAACACGACUAGCGACGGUGGUGGUGGUGGUGGCUGGUUUGAUCCUACAAGCAAUAUUGAUUCUUCAAAGAUCAUAGUGGAUCUCAGCUUCAGUUUUUACAAUCAAGACAAGAAGAAGAAGAAGAAGAAGAAGAAGAAGAAGAAGAAGAAGAAGAAGAAGAAGAAGAAGAAGAAGAAGAAGUUAAUCUGUUCUAGGACAGAAAAGGAAUCUGGCUACUUACAAUAUCCAGUAUACAUGAUAGUAAAGGCACCCCUGCAUCACAGUACGUUUUACAAAGGAGAAAAUGUAUCUCAUUUAAGAUAUUACAUAUAAAUAUCUAAUUAUCGGCACUUAUUUUAACUUGCGAUGAAGGGAGCAUAAUGUUUCUUCGUAUAAGGGAAUUCAUAUUGACACGCAUAUGAAAUAAUCGUAUUAUGUGUUUUAUUCUUUCGGAAGUAAUAACACAUUUCAUGCUACUAUAUAACCAACUCUUGGCAUUCAAUGGAUUUUGAGAAUGACAACUCUAUUUGUUAUUC